AUGGACCCCGAAGCUGCCACGCAAGGGGAAAAGCAUUGCAUCGUUGUAUCGCCGAGGCAACGCGGCAACCCACUGAUCAGACAUUUCGUCAAUGUCACGUGUGUAGAGGGGGAAACACAUUACGACUACAAACUGACGGAGAGCAUCCAGGCGCUCUUCCUGUCUUUGAAGUAUCAUCGGAUGCACAGAGGCUACAUUGGCGCACGGUUGAAGCAUCUGCGCCAGCACAGGGUGAAGAACCCGUUCAUAGUGUGCCAGGUUGACAUCGAAGACCCGCAGGAUACCAUAGCGGAGAUCACAGUAAUCACGUUUACACUUGGAUAUCGUAUGCUCCUGAGUUGGAGCGCUCGGGAGAGUGCGGCGGUGUUGGAGGCACUCAAGAUAGACGGUCAUAAGGGGCUUGAGUUCCUCAACCCAAGGCUGGAGCAGCCUCACCUUCAAAUUGUUCAGCGCAUAAUUGCUUCCAUCAGACAUGUUAACAACACGGAUUCUAUUGCCAUAGCGUCCCGGUGCAGCACUGUCAAGCAGUUGAUGCAGAUCAAACCCGAGCAGCUCGAAAAUAUACACGGUCUGGGCAAGAGGAAGGUGAAGGCCAUACUAUCGGCUUUCAACGACACGUUUUUCUGA